UUAAACCGUUAAGUUAAACAGUUUUUAAUGUUUUAAUUUGAACAUUGAUUAUAGUUUGCAAACAAAAAUGAUGGACUUAAGCUAUAGCGCGGUGAGCUGGCUAAUUACGAUUAGCGUGGGUUUAAUCACUGGAUAUUUGGUCAGGUUCUAUUUGCGAGUGCUUUCCCUACCCAGAGGUCCAUUUCCGUUGCCAAUCAUUGGGAACAUCUUAAUUUUCAGAAACACAAAAGUCAAUCAAUUCGUAACAGUCACUGAAUUGCAUGAGACCUAUGGCCCGGUGUAUACCCUAUGGUUUGGGACGACACCAAUGAUUAUCGGGGACUAUGAUUAUGGACCCGUUUUGGUGAGCCUUCGACGGGUGGCCCACUCUGCGGUCAGAAAACUAGCGGCGAGUGAGAAGUUGUCUCAUUUGGUGGACGAUGUGGUGAAUGAGAGCGCGGACAAUGAUCACCAAUGAAGGCACAGAUAAACCAUUUAAUCCCAAGACCUACCUCUAUAUGUCUGUCAUCAACAUAAUCACGUCGUCGGCAUUUGGCAAACGUUACUCUUUUAAAGACAAAGAGCUCGAGUUUUAUGAGCAAAGCUUUGAGUACUUCAGAGCCAACCUGAGCGAAUUAAUCCUAACUGACCGAGUGCCUAUACUCAAACCAUUUUACGCUACCGUAGUCAACAAAACCAUGCGAACAGUGAAUGACAUAUUUAUGGACGCGAAACAAAAAUACUUGGAUCGACUGGAAGUGCACUCUUCGGGAGUAAUCCAUGACUUCUGCGAUGCGCUCAUUGAAGCCAAAGAGGAGGCCAUCGCUGAGGAGAAAGAGAGCGCUUCCGCCUUAACUGACGCCAACCUAUCGCUCGUUAUCGUCGAUCUGUUCAUAGCGGGUAUCGAAACCACAUACCAUAUGAUGCGAUGGAUUAUACUAUUGAUGGCAAACAAUAUGGAAAUGCAGUUAAGAAUGAGACACGAAAUCAAUGACAUUAUCGGCGAUACGGUGGCAGACAUUCACAACAGGAAUGACUGCCAUUAUGUCAACGCAUUCAUCGCUGAAUGCCUCAGAUAUAGAGGAGUGGCCACGUUAGGUGUGGCCAAAUUAGCCGUAUCUGACAUGCAAUUAGGUAUGCAUUCAAAAUCAUCAGCCACAAACUUGGAAACGUGCAUGCUAACUUUUUCAAUUCAAUGACACUUUAGAUAAGUAUCUCAUCAAAAAGGAUUCAAUUAUUUUAGGAAACCUGGUGGCCAUACACCGCGACCCCAACCUAUGGCCUAAUCCGGAUGUCUUCGACCCGAACAGGUUCUUGGGUGACGACCACAGAUACACGUCAGCCCUCCCGGGGUUCGCGCCCUUCGGAAUCGGACGGCGCAUAUGUUUGGGCGAAAAGCUAGCUCUGGCCGACCUCUUCUACAUAACGGUGCGACUAUUGAAGUCCACUAAAGGCUAUGUGUUUGCGUUGCCAUCAGGCGAGGGAACGGCCGAUUUUGAGCCCGACGCUAAUAUCAUGUUUAUUAGAGUUCCCAAAUCCUAUGAGAUUAUACUUACAAAACAAUAAUUGCACCGAAUUUUGGCAUUAUUUCAGACUAUAAUAUACAAAUAUAUUAUAAGUUUAACUAAGGGUGCGAGUGGUGAAAUAAUUCAUAAAUUUAAACA